AUGAUAUGGAUAGUAGGAGAAGAAGUUAUUGAUAGAAAAUCAAGAUUUGUUGCAAGGUGUCAUUCACUUGAACAUGAAAAAGAUAUUCCUACACUUUUAACAGAGUUAGUUAAUUCAAAUAAAAAAAUUUCAAAAGCUACUCAUCCACAUAUUCUUGCAUGGAGAUUACAAAAUAAAAAUGGUAAUAUUCAACAAGGUUCUCAAGAUGGUGGUGAAAAAGGUGGUGGUCCUGUAUUAUUGAGUUUAUUGGAGAAAAAUAAUUUAACUGGAAUCUUGUUAGUGGUUACACGUUGGCAUGGUGGUACUCAAUUAGGAUCAGCAAGAUUUCGUGAUAUUUCAAAAGCUGCUUUGAAUGUUUUAAAAUUAGGUAAAUAUAUAUAA